AUGGGGACUGGAUGGCAGCACACCCUGGACCCGGGUGCCGUGCCGGAACGCGCGCAGGAGAUGCACGCGCAGCCAUGUCGAGAGAGAGGAGAAGAGGGGGCACCAGAAAGCAUCUAUUUUGCCGGGUUGCUUUUUGCGAUCCUAGUAAAUGUGGGCAAUUUUUUCACGUUGGAGUCUGUCUUUGUAGCACCAAGAAAAGGAAUUUACAGUUUCAGCUUUCACGUAAUUAAAGUCUACCAGAGUCAAACAAUCCAGGUUAAUUUGAUGCUAAAUGGAAAACCGGUCAUUUCUGCUUUUGCUGGAGACAAGGACGUCACACGUGAAGCUGCCACUAAUGGAGUCCUGCUCUAUCUAGACAAGGAGGAUAAGGUUUACCUGAAACUGGAGAAAGGUAAUCUGGUCGGCGGAUGGCAAUAUUCUACAUUUUCUGGCUUUCUGGUCUUUCCCCUGUAAAGUCAAUUUUCCUGUGACAUCCAUCCAGAUGUGGACUGAUCAUUGCCUCUGUUAUAUGAAGAUCAUUUUUGUCAUCAUGGGAUUGAUGUUUCUUUAUUGGUUUUUCAUGGGUGAAUCUGGAUUCUCUUUAUGGAUUUUGGCCCCAUCUGAACUACUCAGAAGUUUCACAGAAUCUUGUGUGUUUAAAUGCAACAUAUUUGGAUUAAGACUAAAGCAGACAAUAAGUAUCUAUGCUUAAUGUUACAGUCUAAAGCUGCCUGCAAGAUUUAUUCAGAUUUCAUUUAUUGGACUUACUGGAUUCGUGGGAGAAAUGGAUUUUCUUUAAUUCGGCAAAGACUGGCAACCAGGUCUAUAAUUUAGAAGCGUUUGAGUUCAGACUUCAAUCAAGAGUUAGUGUGUUGCUGCCAAAGAACUGUAUAUUGAUAUAUUGGUUAUACAUGUUUUUGUUCACUGGGACUUAACUGACAUGAUUUAUUCCAUUGUCUUGAGAAAGGUAAUUAUUAUUGAUAAGUGAUUGACUUUAAUUCUCCUUUGUGUGUAGUCUGUCCGAUGGUUCACUCAUAUAUUUAUGCUCUGUCAUUGGUCACAAGGAAGUCUAGCCUACGUAAAGCUGAGGGGUCAUGGCUGUAUUUUAAUUGGCUACGUAAGGUAUUCCUAUUUUCCACAUGGUGUUUUCUAAUAACAAGAACAGAUUAUAGUCAUUAAAAAAAGAAACACUCUUACCAGGGUUAAAGGUGAUCAUUCAGGCACAGCUUUGCAAAACAGCUUUGCCCUGCAGGAAAUCUCACACUUGUUCUUCAGCUUUAAUUAACAUGAUUGAUAAUAACCACUCUAUUAAAAACUUUAGGGAUUCCUUCCUUAGACACAACAUUUUAUUAGCUGGAGAUGAGAUUCCCCUUGUUUGUAGUUACGUCUAUUUUUGAAACCUUCUGUUGUAUUAAAGUUAUCAUCUGAUUUUGCCUUAAUUCCACAAAUGUAUAUAAUUUUAGAUCAUAUGUUUAAUAAAUACUAAAUCCAAAUAGCCGGUACUUAACUUGGUGCAAUAUCUUUGGGCUUUUUGUACAGAUCAUAUGAAUUCAUAAAUUUAUUUAUUAUGUCAUGAUUACAUAAUAAAGAUGAAUAUAUGUUAGCUGAAUUUUUGACCUUUGGAAUUUGGAAGUCACUUUAUGUUGUUUUUCUAUUGGAUGUAAUUAUUAUAUGCAAAGUGUAAGCUUUUGGGAUUCACGGAAACUCCGGGGAGGCAGGCAAACUGUCAUCAUUCACUCUGGCAGAAUCCUAGAGGUAAUCUGCAUGAUCUAGAAAUAAUCUAUGCAUUUUAUAUGAAAACAUUUAGACAGAUAUCCUGGAUACACUGGAGUCUGUUAAGAAUCACAUUGAUUCCUAAGAAUUUUGGAGGAGAUUUUAUGCUUUAGGUUUUGCCAUCAGCAUUAAGCUCCGGUGUAAUCAAAUUGAAUGCCAACUGAAAAUGAUUUUCACAGGCAGUGCUAAUGAAACCUGCUUUCCUCAUGCCCAGAACAGACGCUGACUUUGAU